AUGUGGUUGGGCGGGAGAAAUGGAGCAAUUGCAAAUGCAGGCAAUACAAUGAUGAGGUACUUCUCUUCGAGCUCGCGGAAGCGCGCACCUAAUCUAAGAAAGAUAAACCCUAAGGUGCCGUUUCAGGAGGCUGCCUCCAUUGCUGAAGGACUGUAUCACGUCAUCAAGAACCACGGCCCACUCACCAUCUCCAACACUUGGAACCACGCCAAGGAUGCUGGAAUUAGUGGAUUAAGCAGUAAAACGCACAUGAAGAUAAUGCUUCAAUGGAUGAGGGGCAGAAAUAUGCUGAAGCUCUUCUGUCAUAACGUAGGCUCUAGCAAGAAGUUCCUGCUGUCUACACUACCUGAAGAACCCCAAACCAACCAGUUAAACAGCUCCAUGGAAUCCAUGGAACUGAAGCCGAAGACUGGAAAGCCUUCAACGAAGAAGAGGAAAUAA